AGAAUGAAUGAGAUGCAGUGUGGGAGGAGGGGGAGAUAGAUGGAUAACUGAUGGGAGGUAGACUGCCGCACAGGAGGUGACGGGGAGCAGAGGAGCUUGGCAUGUAAAGGGUGCUGUGAGUGGCUGGUGUAAAUGGAGACUCAUUGCCGUGUUCUAUUUAGAAUGCUGUGCUGCAGAUAGUGUCUGUGUGAUCCGUACAGUGAGAUAGCAUGGUGAGGCUGUGAUACGGCGAUAGUGCUUUCUGGGGAUGUUAUAUAUUGCAAGGGGUCAUGUCUCGCCCCAGCCGCCCCCCCUCAGGGGAUAUCCCCAGAAACCUGAGCUACAUCGCCGGCCUGUAUGAGCGUGCCUAUUACCGCACAGCCAGACCCAGUUUGGAGGAGGAGGUGGAGGAAGUUGAAGAUUGCCCUUCCAGCACCCAGCAAGCUCCCAAGGCUCCCCGCCGCUGGCGCUCCCGCUCGGCUCCUGCCCUGCGAGUGCCCCGAGAACAGAGGCAGCGCAGCCCAGAGACCAGGAAGAGGGUGCGCUUCGCGGACUCGCUGGGACUAGAAUUGGAGUCUGUCCGGCACUUCAGACGCGAGGACAUGCCCUGUAUACCCCUAGCUGUCACCCAUCGGCUGCAGAGAGAGGCAACUAGACGGGUCCUGAGUUCCUGCAUUUCCCGGGAGGAGCCGAGCUGGUGUGAGGCUCGCCAUGUCUUAUCCCCUUCAUGGCUGUCUGAGCAAGGAACAUGGGAAAAGCAGUCAUGGGAUCGCGGUGCAUGGGACGAAAAGACAUGGGAUCAGCGAGUGUGCCUGCAGAGUAUGCGCUACGAGAGCUGCUUCCUCUGGGGCUCUGUGCGAGUGCUUGACUUGGCAUAUGAGAAACAAGUCACUGUGCGCUAUUCUCUGGAUGGAUGGCAAUCUUAUCGAGAUACACAUGCUUUGUAUGCUUCACGACUCUGCCAUGGUGGAUCUGGGCACCCUGGCACAGAUCUAUUCACUUUCCGUCUUCCUCUACCACCCAGGGACCAUACACACUCCUCAUCAUUGCAAUUUGCCAUCCGUUAUCAUGUGGGUGAGGAAGAAUUCUGGGACAACAAUGGGGGUAAAAAUUAUAGGUUAAUCCCCCCAGAAGCUGAUCCCCCUGCCGUGACACAGGAUGCAGAGAAUGGAUGGAUACAUUUUAUAUAGUAGAAUGGAGAGGCUAACACAUCUUCAAUAUCAAUUCUCUAUUCCAAAACAACACCAAAGAACACAGGUCAAAUAUACAAUGAACGUACACUAAAAGGGUGGUGGGAGGGAAAUCCAUGCAAAAGACAAUGGGGCAGAUCAGAGGUAGGCAAUCUUCGGCACUUCAGAUGUUGUGGACUACAUCCCCCAUAAUGCUUUUACAGCCAUAAUGCUGGCAAGCCAUCAGGGAAGAUGUAGUGCCGAUGGAUGCCUACUCCUAGGAUAGAUGAACACAGGAUAGGGACCAAAUGGUAUAAUUGGGGGGGGGG